CCCCCUGCGCGGAGCGGUGCGCGGCGCUGCGCGGAGCGGUGCGCGGCGGCGGCGGCGGGGAUGGGCGGCGCGGCGCUGGCGCUGGUGCUGGCGGCGGGGCUGUGCGCGGCGCAGUACGAGGAGUACAGCGUGCGCGGGUUUCCCGCGGCCGCGCUGGAGCCGCUGCAGCGCGCCUACGCGCGGGCGCUGGCGCAGUACGCGGGCGCGCAGUGGGCGGAGAGCGCCCGGGCGCUGGAGGCCAGCCUGCGCCUCCACCGCCUGCUGCGCGACAGCGAGGCGCAUUGCCACCGCCGCUGCGCCGCGCCCGCGGAGGGAGGCCCCGCGGAGGAGCCCCCCGCGGAAGGGGACCCCGCGGCGUGGGAGUGGGAGCAGGAGAUGCAGCUCUUCGGGCGGCUGCUGCGCCGCGCCGGCUGCCUGCGCGCCUGCAAGCGCGACCUGCCCGUCUUCCAGCUGCGCUACCCCCCCGCGCAAACGCUGCGCGAUUUCCAGCGCCGCCUGCCCUACCAGUACCUGCACUACGCGCUCUUCAAGUCAAAUAAAAUCGAGAAAGCGGUGUCUGCUGCCCACACCUUCCUGCAGAAGAACCCCAAGCAUGAGAUGACCUUGAAGUACCUGAACUAUUACAGGACAAUGCUGGACGUGGAUGAAUACCUGGUCGACCUGGAGGCUCAGCCGUACGAGCCGAUAUUCGUGCGGUCGGUGAAGCUCUACAACAACGGGGAUUUCCGGAGCAGCGCGGCCGACAUGGAGCAGGCGCUGGCCGAGUACUACAAGGCGUACGAGGACUGCCUGGCCGGCUGCGAGGGCGCCUACGAGCUGCAGGAGUUCAAGGACUUCUACCCCGCUAUCGCAGACCACUUUGUGAGCGUGCUGCAGUGCAAGGUGGACUGUGAGACCGAGCUCACUCCCAACGUGGGCGGCUACUUCGUGGAGAAGUUUGUGGCCACCAUGUACCACUACCUGCAGUUCGCCUACUACAAGCUGAACGACGUGCGGGACGCGGUGCGCAGCGUCUCCAGCUACAUGCUCUUCGACCCGGGCGACGCUGUGAUGCAGCAGAACCUGGUCUACUACCGCUUCCACCGCGAGCGCUGGCGCCUGCAGGAGGAGGACUUCGAGCCGCGGCCGGAAGCCGUGAGCUACCACAACCGGACGGCCGCCCAGAAGAAGAUGCUGGACUUUGCCAGGCAGUACCUGCAGGCUGACGAUGAGAUGGAGGUGGAUGGCGGCGAGGGGCCGGAGGCGCGGGACCUGCCCUCCGACAGCGAGUUUGAGGGCGAAGGCGACUAUGAGGAGGGCUUCUUCGCAGAGUGGUGGCAGGAGCCCAAGACCAAGGGGGACAAAGCUGACCAAGAGACCCUGCGAUGAGCCCGACGGAGCCGGACGGUGGUGGCCCUGCGAUGCCAUCCUGGGGACGCCGGGCUUCGAGCUCCUGCCAGCUGCCGCACAGAAGCUUGGGCUGGCGGGGAAGGGCUGAUCCUGCCCGGUGCCCAGCGGCAGGGCUGCCUUUGCCGUCUGGACAUCCGCCGCCCUGAGCGCAGCCCGAUUCUCACCGGCACCGCACCGGCACUGCCGAGCCUCCCUGCCUGCCCAGGAGCUCCCCGGGGCCCCCUCUGUCCCCAGUGUCCCCAGGAGCCCUGGCCAGUGGCGGUGCCCCGCAGCACCGGGGUUUACCGUGUCCCUCAGCUCCUCCCCAGGACCUGUGGACGGUGCGUCAGGAUCGACCCUCGCGUUGUCUUGAGGGGUUCGGGGGGCUGCCCCACCUCUGGGAGCAAUGCAUGGUGCUGCUGGAGCCGGGCGGGUGCGCUGGUCCUGCCCCUCCCGGGGCUCCCCGCCUGCCUGCCAGCCCCCAGAGCCCGGGGUCCCUUCGGACCCCACGGCCGGUGCUACCGCGGGGCUCAGGGGGUGCUGGUGUCCCUGUGCUGUGGCGGGGCUGCAGCCUGGCGAGGCUGCGUUGCCCAUGCCCUGCGUGUGCCUUGAAUUUUCGCCACACCAGCCCUCUGUAGCCUUAAGCUCCGUUAAUUUAAUACUUCCCGACUUUUUUUUUUUUUUUUUUUUUUCUGUAUUUACUGGUGCUGAACUUUUAAUAAAAUCCGGACCGGUC